AUGAAACGGUCAUUCUUUUGUUCUAGCUAUACUCAUGCUGGGAUUAAAUAUGUCCGGAACAUAGGUAUUAUUGCCCAUGUCGAUGCAGGGAAAACAACUACUACGGAGCAGAUGCUCUAUAACUGCGGUGCAUUGAAGCAUGCAGGAAACGUUGAUCAUGGAGAUACUGUUACCGAUUUCUUGCCUAUGGAGAGGCAAAGGGGAAUUACAAUCCAAUCGGCUGCAAUUACCUUUCAUUGGCCCUUAAAGGAACGUUUACAAUCCGGUGCUCAACAACAUAUCAUUAAUUUGAUUGAUACACCUGGUCAUGUAGACUUCAGAUUUGAAGUUGAGCGUUGCAUGCCCGUGCUCGAUGGAGCUGUCUGUGUGAUUGAUGGCGUCGAAGGUGUCGAGGCCCAUACUGAGAGAGUUUGGGCUUCUGCUCAGGAAUUUAAAGUACCACGAAUCAUUUUUGUUAACAAACUUGAUCGCGAUGGCGCUUCCUUCAAAAAGUCCGUACAGGAUAUUGGCUUGAAAUUAAACGGAAUGCCUUUAGUUUGCCAAAUACCUUGGUGGAGUGGGGAAACAAUAAAGGGCGUAGUCGAUGUUGUCAGUCGCUCUGUUGUGAGUUGGGUAGGAACGAAAGAUGCUCCCGAGGAACUCUUGAAAAAGAUACCCGAGGGAACCAUCAAAGAGGAGAUUGAGCGUGCACGAGAAAAGUCGAUCGAGCUUCUCUGCGAAAAAGACGAUGAGCUUUUGGAAUUGUGGACGGCGCAUGGGAAAGAUCUCCCCGACGAGGUUUUAAAAAAAAGCAUUCGCCGCGUCAUUAAUGAGGGCGAUGGAUCGUUAAUACCUGUGUUCGCUGGGUCUAGCUUGAGAGAUAUUGGUGUUGCUGCUUUACUUGACGCAGUCAAGGAUUAUUUGCCUAGCCCCGCAGAUCGUCCCGAACUCGAAGUUAGAGUUGGAAAAGAGCGACAGCCUCUUAGCAAGGUCCUCGAAGCACCAGCAACUAAAAAAUCAAAAAUUGAGUCGUUGGCUUCCGUCUUCAAGGUAGUCAAUGACCCCCGUCGAGGGAUGCUCGCGUUCGUCCGGGUUUAUUAUGGGCUCCUCAAGAAAAAUACUCCCAUGUGGAACGCCAAUUCACAAGAUUUCGAAAGGCCUCUUAACAUGAUGCAAAUAUCGGCUGCCCAAACCAUUGAGAUACCACAUCUAUCUCCAGGACAAAUAGGGGCAAUGACAGGCCUUAAGGGUGCAAGGACUGGGGACACUUUGCUAACUUUUGGCUCCAACAAGGCACCACAAUCAGAACUUGCGACUAUACAAGCAAGACCACCAGAAAUACCACCUGCUGUAGCCUUUAUUGUUCUGGAUGCGUACUCUCCAACUGGUGCAAAACUUCUUGAAGCAUCGCUGGAGAACCUAUGUAGGGAGGAUCCUAGUUUACGGUGGUCUCAAGACGCGAAAACAGAGCAAUAUACAUUAUCCGGUAUGGGUACACUCCAUUUAGAAGUCGCCCGCGAUCGCCUUGAAAACCAUUACAAGGCCGAAGCAUAUUGGGGUGCAAUAUCAGUUGACUACAAGGAAUGCUUGACUACAGCGACAGACCCCCAUCGUGCAGUUUUUGAUGGGGUGGUAGCAGGCAAAGGCGGGAAAGCGGCUUGUUCCGUGGUUAUCGAACCCCUUAAAGAUUAUAAUCGCGAUACUUUAUCAGGAUCCUACCUCGAGCGGGACGGAAAUAUCAUUCGAGUUGUGUUUCAAGGAGGGGGCGACGCAAUUGAUAUAGAAGGUACGAGACGACACCUUACGAACGGCGUUAUAUCAGCACUCGCGAGAGGUCCUCGUCGUAAUUCCCCGCUAAACCAGUGUCUUGUCACUAUUACUUAUGAUACUACAAGCGACUUUUUCGGCCCAGCCUCUAGCGCACAUUUAAUCGGCGCUGCAAAUAAAGCGGCAAGAGCCGCUCUCAAAGGUGCUCACCAGCAAGGAAUAAUCGGUAUUCUCGAGCCCGUCAUGAGAGUAACUAUUGUCUGUCCCGAAGCAUCGGCAGGUGAAGUUCGACAUGACUUGCACGCCGCCCGCGGGGGCCACGUCCUUGAAAUAAAGGACACGCAGGAGAACGAAGCCCAAGAUAGCGGAGGCGUCGACAUCGCCGAAAUCUACGCUCCGCCCGACCCUUACGAGUUCCAGACGACAACACUUCACGAGACGCGGAAGGGUCGUCUACGGAUGCUCGAGAUUGUAGCUCGCGUGCCGUUCGUGGAGAUGCUUCAUUACGAUACCCAGCUCCGGAGUAAGACUCAGGGUAGACAUACCUUGACUAUGGAGCUGGAUACUUUCGAGAGGGUUACUGGACCACGAGAAAAGGGUCUCUAA